GUGGAUUUUCCAAAGAGCUCUCAGUCAUACAUUACUGCUUCAGCAGGAUAUGUGGACACCAGCAAGCUAAAAGAAUCACCACAGUGCUGACCAUGACCACGCUGAGCACAGUGGCCAGAAACUCUAUUCCUAGAGUGUCCUACGUAACCGCCAUGGACCUGUUUGUCACCGUCUGCUUCAUGUUUGUCUUCGCUGCCAUGAUUGAGUACGCCAUGCUCAACUACUACUCCUACAGUAUACGCAGACCUCCCCCAAAGAAGAGAAUGGCCUACUCGUCUUUCAACAUGGGUCCCACCCCUCGGCCUAUGAUGCCCAUGGGCAACUCCUUGUUCUGGCAUGACUAUGACGACAGUUGUCUGCACGAGUGCCUGGAUGGAAAGGACUGCAAGAGCUUCUUCUGCUGCUAUGAGGAGUGUAAAGAAGGCGGCUGGAGGAAAGGACGGAUCCACGUCAACAUCCGUGAGCUGGAUGCCUACUCCCGGGUUUUCUUCCCCACCUCGUUCUUGCUCUUUAACAUUGUGUACUGGGUCAGCUACCUCUACCUCUAGUCUGUCUCAAGCCGUGAUGUGUGGGCACUGCUGAAACAGCCCGCGGCACUUUGCACCACGGCUUGUGAUUUGAGGUCAGUGCUAAACGUAGGGGAAGAAAUGAGGUGGAUCUGCUGUGUGGGACUUGUGAGGGACAUGCUGCCUCUGGAGUGAUAUGACGUAUUCAAAAAUACAUGUGUGCUCGGGUGCACAGUGUAAAGGCCAUGAUACUUUGAGCAGUGCCACUCCACCGUGAAUAAAUCGCUCAGCAGUAGAAUAACAAGCCGCCAGCAUUAACUUGAAUGGAUGAGUCCCACUUAUGACUCUCUCAGAAACCAAACAACAGACAGCUGUGACUUCAGAGACAUUUGGGAACAGGGGUUGCAGAGCUGACUCUUGGUCGUGGAGAUGGCGAAGCACCCAUAGUGCCUUCUUUAGAAAGGGUGCGGCACCGAGAGAAGCAGCUUCAGAGUUCCCUUCAUUAUCUUUAUUACCUCAUCCAUCACACCGCCGCAUGCUGAGCUGUUUAGUCUUUGAUGAAACAAACCCAGAACACAGUUCUCACCACUGGAGAUGUUUAAAAACCAACGCUCACCAUUCAUUUCGUAGCACAUUAGUUUUAGUUGUACCCUAGAAUUUGUUCCCUUUUUGAGCAUAGUUGUUUUCUUGUUCUUCUUCUUAUUGGAACUUGUUGUUCUUUCACAGCAGGUCACAUCAGCUGUUACUUGUUAAAUAUGGGUUCAAGCCAGGGGCAGUGGUUGUAUGGUAAAAUCUUAUUUAUUGAGUCAGUGACUGUUUUGUUGAACAUGACUAUUUUGUUUGAACAUGCCGUUUACAGUACAUGCCAAGAAGAUUUGGGAGUUUUUAAUGAAUGCUGGGCUAUAUUCGCACACAACAACUAUAUAAAAACUGCAUAAUGUCUGCAGACUGAUCUAAAACUACCUGGGCAUAUUUUGUAUGUUGCAGUAAACAGAUUGGGGUUGGAGUACUGCUGCUUUUUUCCAAGAACACAUCAGUUUAAAACAAAGGAUUUUUUUUCUUACUUAAAUAGACUUUGAGAUUUUUAAUAUAAUUUAUGCAUUACUUAUGCUUAAAGGAAAAAUUGGAUAUUUCCAAAAUUGUACUUUAUAUUCUCAAAUAAUGGUCUUUAUUUAGCUCUUUAUUUAGUUUACUGGUAGAAGACUUCAUUCGGGGCUUGUAGGUUUAUUUUAGAGAGAGGUUUUAAUUCCAAAUGUAUCGUUAUUCUAGUAAAAGCAAAAUGAAUUUAAUGCAUUUACCUUUUGUCUAUAUAGGUUCUAUGUAUAUAAUUUAUAACUGAAAUAGAGUAACAAAAUAUUAACUGGCCUUUUUCCCUGAAUGACAUUAUCCCUCCUUAUUUUUAUUAUCCAACAAUUUACUUGUGCUUCUUUCAGGAACACUUACUUUAGAGAAUGAAUAGCAUGGCUUUCUUUGCCAAGAGUUCAUUAAGGAGAUUAAUUAAUGCCUGAAUGUGAAAUUAGCAGCCAGUAGCUAGCAAGCCUGAUACAAACAUUGAAACUUGGGAGAAGCAUCCAGAUCUGCCUAAAGGGAUAUCUGCCAGGACCUGUAAAACUUACAGUUUUUGGACUUGUAAAUUCUUUGGCAACUAAAGACAUAAGU